CGCGGUGCCGCGGACGGUGCAGCAGUCGCCGCCGCCGCCGCCACCGCCUCCCUCGGAGCCCACGCCGCUGGACAAUCUGUUAGCGGUGGCCGAGCUAGAAUUCAACCAGCAACGCGGAGAGGAACUCGAAUUGGAGUUGCAAGCGUCCGCGAACGGUCAGUACGCGUUCUUACCUGAAGAAGAAGUGGCACGCGACGUGAUGUCCUUCGAACUCGGAGAAACCAAGGCAGACGAGAUGUUUUUCGAGCGUAAAACACAUGCACCGGAGCGCGCGGUCGAGGAGGAUGCUUUCCCGAACGACAUGGUCGUGCAUAAGGACUUGUUCGACACCAUCAGCGAAGCGCAUUAUCUGCCAGAGCUCGGUGGUCCGCACGAUGAAGCGCUGCUGGAGUCUUUGGUAGAGAAAGGUUGUGAAGAUAAUCAGAUACUGGGACAGGCGCUGGACAAGCUCGCUCAUCUUGUUCACGGUUCCGGUGAUUACGCUGAAGAAGAAGAAGAUAUGUUAUUGGGCGGUGCACCGGUCGCAGAUAUCAUAGAUCGGUUGGAACAAUCGUUAGAGUCACCGGGUCGUAGUAGUAUUACUGCUGCGCAAGGUCUCCUUCAUCUUCAUCAUAUUGGCGAUCACCUUCCUCCACCGGAACACCAGCAGUCUGUUGAAGAAACAUACAUGUCAGAUGAAGUAUUUGUACCAGAGCCACCAGCAGAAUGUGCUAUUCAAUCGUUAAAUACAACAACAGAGUUGGAGGAACCUAAUGAAGUUAACCAUUUAGAUUACGAUCAGAACGCCGAGAAGACGUUACAAAAUGAUGUCGAUAACUCCGAAAUACUUUAUACAGAAAAUGUACCUGAUAAUCAAGAGACUUAUGAAGAGCAACAACCAGAAUCAAUACCCGAUCAAAGUGAUAUUAUGACAUCGAGUGAAUCACAGAAUGAUAAUCCAAGUGUUGAUAUCAGUGAACAAGUGGCUAAAGUUGAAUUAAAUAAUACAGAAGUUGAUGACCGUGAAGUAAAUGACCAGACACCUGUUGCACCUGAGGUUACAUCAAUAGAUUUUCCAAAAGACCUAGAACAAUCUUCAAAUAACGAAGAAUUAGUGCCAACAGAUCUGAGCAUAAAACAUGUCGACAAAAAUAUUUCACCCGUUGUCGUUGCCAGUGUUGCUGAAACCACAAACACGAUAGAAGAUAGUCUAUCCGAUAAAAGCGAUGAACAGCCUAAGGAUUUGAGUGUACAUCGUAGGUUACCUACUCCGCAUGCGUCACCGAGAAGGAUAGAAAUACCGCGAGCACCUUCAAGAGAAUCAGAUGCCAUGCAAUCCCCACAGCCUAGUGGUAUUCCCGCUGUACCAUCGUCACCAGAAAUAUUCACUAUGCCACUUACAAAAAGCAAACAAACAUUAUUUUUAGAAACACUUUUAUCGUCGCCAUCUCCGAAAAUGUAUACGUCAGAAGUAACGAUAACUAAACAGCAAUGUGAACCAUUAAAUUUGGGUAAACAUAGGAAAUCAGCGAGCCCUACAGUAUCUAGUUGUUCAGAUGAAAUACGAAAGCUAAACAAAGAAUUCGGAGAGCCUCAAGAAAAAAGAAUAAAACGUGAGUCUUCAGAAGACUUAGCUAAAAUUAGUAAAGUAUUUAGUAAAUGCAGUGAUGAUCACGAUCCUAAACAGAAAAAGACAGACAGACCAAUACAUAAAUCUGGCACGGAAGCAUCCCCAAUGAAGCAGUUGCAUGUUUUAAAGACAAGUCCAGAUUUUAACAUUCCAGAUCCUUUAUUGAUACCAAAAGACAAAUUAAAUGACAUUUUAGAAGCUCCUGGAAAAGAAAUCCCGGCGCUAUUAAUACAAAGACCAGAACUAAGAUUACCAGAAGCAUUCGCUUUCCCAGCUGUGCUGCAAGAUCCUGAGAUACUUGUCGUAUCACUACAACAAUUGGAAAAUAUAAUUGAGAACGAUGCCAAAAAUCAGCUAACUUCUCCAAAGCCAAAAGACCCGAAGCCUGCCCCAGCAAAAAGUACAUCAAGUACCGAACAAACAACGACACCGCAGCCCGACCAAACGAGUCAACCAAAAGCAAUUCCUUCGAUGGACGCUUUAGCUGGCGACAUUGACGCCGCGACGUCAGCCGCCCUGAAUCAGAUGCUAUGGCUGCCCUACCUCAGUCAGUUAGAAGCGAUGGCUGCUUGUUCACAAAACAUGGACUUUUUAAAAGCCCUAAACUCAUCCGGAUAUACAGGGUCAAAUUAUCCAGACUUAUCUCAGAUGUUCAAUCCUUCCGCAAGAUUUAUGGGCCCUACCGGAUUUCCUAUGAUGCCCCCGAUGGAUUAUGAUAAUCGGUUACAAUUUGCGAUGUGGCAAGAAGCUAUGAAUCAUGCGAAUGCAUCACACAGGCAAAAACCUAGUGCAAUGGAAGCUCAGAUGAAAGAAUUAGCGUCUAAAACUAGUGACGUCCAAAAUCCUUAUGUUCACUCGACUAAGAAUCAUCAGAGUAAACAUUCGUCAGCGCGCACUAGCCCGAUAGUCCAUAGUUAUAAUGGCAAUCAGCGGUCUAUGGCACACAAUCCGUUCUUACAGAGUAUGUAUCCCGGAAUGAACCCUAACAUCAGACCUAACAUGCCUCUACCGGGUUUACAGAUACCCUAUUUCAAUCCUAAUAUGAUGGGAAGUCAGCGGUCACCAAGAACCGGACAACAAAAGAGUCCAACAUCGCCGUAUUACCCUAACAACAACUAUUUGCACUCGAUUAAGCAGUCUGAAUCUCAGUCAAGUCAAAGAAGCAGUAGUACAAGUUCUCAAGAGUCUCCGCGACCGAGGAUCAGUGUGAAAUCUCUGCAAAACCUUUUGGAGCCUACAGCGGCUGCUGCUUCUGGGGUUGGUACCUCGAGGAGGUCAUCCAACCCUCCCGCAGCUUCGAUGGGGCGACGGAGGGAUGAACCGGAAGUUGGAAGCACCACACCACUAGGAGAGCCACCACCACACCUUCCACCACAUCCGCACGAUCCAGCGUCGUUCCAUCUGUGGCAUCCGCUAUUUGGCAACCAAAAGAGCUACAACAGCCCGUGGAGUUGGACCACGGUGACUGCGACGGGGGACUGACCGCGGGCCCCGCGCGGGCCGCCACCGCCGCCCGCGCACCCGCACUGAACGACGACGGGCCGGGGGGGAGAUGUGCAGCCUCCCGCCGCACCGGCUGAAGAGUGACAUUACAUACUUAGCAAUUAUCACAUAUGACUCCCAGUUUCCACCAACGAACAAAUGUUUUUCGCUUACGACGCAUCGCAUUAUUGACGUUAUAUAUAUCAAUUUUUCUCAACAUCAUCUAAAUAAUUUGACGACCCCGGUCGUCUAGCGGUCUAGCACACCGCUUUACGUCCGAUGGUCGCGGGUUCGAUUCCUCGCACGGCACAAACAUUUGUAUUCAUGAGUAUGAUUGUUUGUAUCGGUCUGGGUAUUUUCUAUGUAUAAAAUGUAUGUAUUUACAAAAAAAAUAUCUAUGUAUUUGUA